AUGGGUUGUGGUGCGUCCUUUUGUAAAAGCACCGCCUCUGCUGCACCGCCCGGCACCCAUCCGUCUGUGGGGGCUCCUGGUUCGAAGGUGGCCCCUAGGGGUGAGCAGCUGCAGCAGCAGGAGGCUUUGGAGACUAGUACGCCUAUGAGCUCUAAUGGCGAUGGGGUUGUGGUGGUGGACCUGGUGGGGUAUCUCUAUCAACGACGGUUCGGGGCUGCUGAUGGGGAGGCGUGGGGGAUUGUGGGGGAGUUGGCCAAGGGGGAGGUGGAGGGCUUGAGGGACCUGGAGCCCAUAGACUGGAAUGGCAUGUGGUCUCAUGUGAGUGGGAGGGUGGUGAAGUUGAUGGGAGGAGUAGAGACGUUGGAGGUUGGGAAGAUGGAGACAGUCGCGUCUGCCUUGUUGGUGACAGAGCUAGCGAACGAUGCCCACUACUUCCCCUUUGAGCUCCUUUUUCGUGGCUCCAACAAAGCCGAUGAUGCUGUACGGCUGAUGAGGAAGCUGGCCGUGCUCAGUGAGGCGUUUUUGAAUAUAGUAGGGGCUAUCGGGGGCACUGAGGAGUUCAGGAGGGAUGGUGCGGCGGUGGGCGCUGGGGUGUACUGUAGGAGGAUUAGGGCGGACUGUUGGGAGCACAGAGUGGCGAAGGAGGCGUUGAGGGCAGAGGAGAAUAGGCUUGUCUGUUUAGUGGAGGUGGAGCCGGGAUGGCUGGUUUGGGGCAGUGCGUUGGUGGGUGUAGGGGAGGAGGUAGGGCCGUUGAGGAUGAGCCGAGGCAAGGGGGAAGAAGAGGAGCUUCAAAGGGUGUUGGUAUUCAGAAGUGAGGAUACGUGUCAUGAGGCAUGUGUGCUGAAUGAGGGGCAGAAGGUCGACUGGACCUGGGCUGGGGUCUCGGCUGAGGAUCGGGUUACUGUGGGGUCGGUGACGGUGGAGGGCAUCGCCCGACCCAGUGUUGAGGAAGCCUUCGAGAUGGCUCGCUUCCCCUAUGCUCUGAAGGUAGGUUAUCCCAGAGGUAUUCUUCCACAUCAAGUGGGUUUGAAAGCGAGGGAGGCACUGAGGAGGCAGAGGGUGCGUGGGGGGUCGACUAUGGUGGUAUGUAAGGCAGCGUUGAGGGAGAUGGGUCUGCCCUUGGGGGCAAUAGCGGUGAUAGUGGCGGAGGAGCUGAGGAGGUGUCGGGAGGAGCAGGGGGUGUUGGAAGUGAACUUCAUGCAGGAGAGGUUGGUGCCGUGGUGCGUGUUUAUGGUAGGUCGGGCGUGUAAGUACACCGCGAGACGGUAUGGGAAUAUAUUGCCUGGAAAGGCUGGUGGCUCGGCGGGUGGAGUUUCCUAUGGGGAGGCCCUAUUCUGUGUGCUCUUCAACACCGCCUUGGAUGGACGCUUUUCACCGAGUGACGAUCCGGCGGCUAUCGCUGCCUCUCUGUAUGUGAUGUUAGCUGUGAUGUUGUCUAUAGGGGUUCGGGAGGCACCUCCGCCCGUCGUAGUGGUGGGCUUGGCCCUGUUGGACCCACCAGAGCUGCUACGGGCCAUGUCGUGGGAGUUGAGGAUGGCCCUCCCUGAGGCUACUGUGGAGAAGACUCUGUUGAGACGGAGGGGUCGCCGGCCUGGAAUUUGGCAAGCGGUUGAGGGGGCCGUACUGGAGCCAGAGGGGGCUCGCAUGAUCGAACUCGAGGCGAUGCUGAGGCCAUCCAAGGUCUAUACUGUGAGGCAUCGGCCACCCAAGGGGCUGAGGGAGCCCGCUAGGGCUGCUGUGAAGGUCCAUGAGGCCCUCGGGGUGAGAUGGAUCCAGAAGCAGCUAUCAGGAGUGCCUUUGGAAGGGCUAGUGUUGGCCUGUUGCCUGCCGUCAUCUACGAGGUUGCCAAAGAGUCGUAGUGCCUCUUAUAGGGAACGACUGUUGGUCCAAGGGGCGUGGUCGGCAGCGAGGGAGAAGAGGAGUGCGGGGGUGCUUGCGUGUUUUCCUACCCUAUCUAGGUCGGUCUUGGCGCUCCGUCCGACCGACCCUGAGCUGAUAGCAGGCCUAUGGUGUGUUAAAGGGAUCGCCGCGGCGAGUAAUAGUUCCCCGGAGUUGUCGGCAAUGUUGCUCCUACAAGCGCUGGCGAUGUUGGUGGGCCCUGGAGGGUAUGGGGAUCCCAGGUAUCGGCUGGGGAAGGGAGAGAGAAUAGUGGCUUGGCUAGCAUGGCGGUUGGGCCUGUACGCUUAUGCGAAGGGGGCGGUGCUGAAGGUGGAGAAGUAUGGGGAUAUCUUUAGGGCCUGUGGGGAGGAUGCAAAAGAGGGUAUGAGCUUCGCUCCGCCUCGGCUGGAAAGUGGACCCCUAGAGAGAGCUGAGAGUGCUGAAGGGCUCACGGGGCCGGUCCUUGGGGACGAGGAGGUGGAUGAGGUAUUAGCUUCUAGUAUGGAGGGUGUUGACGUUGAAAGGCUCCCUUGGGCCAUGGACCUGUCCAAGCCGUGUGUAAUGGUGGCUUUCCAGCAGGGGUCGGCUGUGGCCCUGGAGGGUCGGGAUAAGGUAGCGACCGCGCCCGUGUUGUCGGACACGCAAGAGGUCACCAGAGGGACCUGCUUCGCUUUUGGUAGUGACGAUCGGAAUCAGCUGGGAGUGCGGUAUGAGGGGGUAGGUUGGAUGCCCAGACCGGUAAGGUUGAUGUCGAUGAAGGGCAGGAGGCUGAUGGUGGUAUCGGCUGGAGAUGGCGUGUCGGCAGCAGUCUGUGAUGAGGGGAGGCUCUACGUGUGGGGGUCUGGCUUCCCUGAGGUUCGCUUGCCACGCCUUCCUCAUGGGGUUGUUAUCGAGGCGGUCUCCUGUGCUGCCUCUGCUGUGGUGGCUCUGUCGGAGGAUGGUCGCCUUUGGCAGGUGGGGGACUUGACGGCCUCUCCGACCUCUAGCAGGGUCGGUCGAGGGGAGGGGGUGGUGGAGGUCUCCCUAGGAGGAGGGUGCAGGGCUACGACUGUGGGUUGCGGCUCGUAUCAUGCUGUUGCUAUUGAUGGUGAGGGCCGCCUUUGGGCCUGGGGGAGAGGGGAGGGGGGUCAGCUGGGUAUUGAGAAGGUUGAAGCUCAUUAUGAUGUCCAGAACGACUCGAUAGUGACCAGACCGAUGAUGCUCACCAGUGGGGUUUCGCGCAGUAGAUUUGCCUCGGUGGCGUGUGGGGAGGCCCAUACAGCAGCAGUGACUAUAGGUGGGCAACUGUACUGCUGGGGCUGGGGGGAGUUCGGUCAGUUGGGCCUGGGAUUCUCGGCUGAGACCUUCCCCCCAGGCGAGGGGGGCAAUAGCUGCCGAUGCCCCACUCCUGAAGUAGUGGAGGUGGGCACUGAGAAGGACGGGGUGGUCGGCAGUGUGGCGUGUGGUGGGGCAUUCACGGCGUGUUUGACGACGUUAGGGGACGUGUGGGCUUGGGGUAGCAACGAGAGCGGGCAGCUGGCAUUGCCCCCUGGGGCUCCGCUGGAGCUGACCUGCCCUCGAAAGGUCACCAAUUUCCCCCCGGGCAAGCGGUUCAAGGCUCUGUCAUGUGGCUUUGCUCACGCCUUGGCGAUAGACUCUCAAGGGCAAGUGUACUCCUGGGGUUCUGAUUGUUAUGGUCAGUUAGGCCGACUUAACCCACCACCAACCGUCCAUGGGUCGUGGCUGGCCGCGGCUCCCCCGAGGAGAUCCCAGCGGUCCUGUCAGUACGUGCCGUCGGUUAUUGGUAGUAUCGGAGCCGUUAGAAUGGGGGCCUGCUCGGCUGGGUAUGGUCACAGCCUGCUGCUGAGCGACCCUGGUUCGGGAGGAGGCGGUUCGUCAUGUCGCCGGCGGAGCGAAGCUAGUAGUGUUAGCCGUUUUGGGUGA